AGACUGCGCCUCCUGCAGAUCUAUGCAAGAUUAGUUUCACUGUUCUGAGAUCACAACAGCUCAGCCAGGAGCGAGAGAGCAAUGGGUUUUCUUCCUUUCUUCUCUGUGGAAACAUGGAUUUUACUGAUCACAUUUAUCUGCCUAUUUGUCAUGUAUGGCAAAUGGAGUCAUGGAGUUUUUGAAAAAAUGGGGAUUCCUGGUCCAAAACCAUUGAUGUACCUGGGCUCAGUGUGUCAACACAACAAAGUUUACUAUUUAGAUGACAAUGAAUGUGCUAAAAAGUAUGGGCGAGUAUGGGGCACGUAUGAGCUCAGAUGUCCUUUGCUGGCUGUGAUGGAUCCUGAAAUGUUGAAAGUCAUCCUGGUGAAGGAGUGCUUCACCUACUUCAUCAACCGCAGGAACUUAAAGCUGAAUGCAGCCCUUAAUGAUGCACUGGUUUUUUCUGAGGAUGAUCAUUGGAGACGAGUCCGUAACCUCCUCACGCCCUCGUUCACCUCUGGGCGUUUGAAAGAGAUGUUUAGCAUCAUGAAACAUCAUUCCCGCAAAAUGACAGACUGUCUGCAGUCCAAAGUGGACAAUAACGAAGUGAUUUCAAUACAAGAUUUCUUUGGACCAUACAGUUUGGAUGUGAUGACUAGCUGUGUAUUAAGUGUGGACAUAGACUCACUCAACAACCCAAACUGUUCCAUGAUGAAACACGUGAAGAACAUAUUUAAAAUCUCCAUGCCUGUCUUCCUAUUUCAAGGAUGCUUCCCAUUCUUUGUUCCUGUCUUGGAGAUGAUUGGUGUCAGUCUGUUCUGCAAAGAGUCCAUUGCUUUCUUUAAAAUGAUUGUGAAGAAGAUCAGAGCAGAACGAAACGGAAGCUCACAUCAGACUUCAAGAGACAUCCUUCAACAAAUGAUCACGUCUCAGACAAUGAAGGGGUCCAAGAACCUAGCGGGUCUCAACGAUCAUGAGAUUACCUCUCAAGUAACAAUGUUUGCGUUUGCUGGAUUUGAAACCACUGCCAACACUCUCUACUUUCUGGCCUACCUUUUGGCGAGAAAUCCUGAGGUCAUGACCCGCCUGCAAAAGGAGAUAGACUCUACUUUCCCCAACAAGGGUUCGGUCGAUUAUGAAGCUCUGAUGCAGAUGGAGUACCUGGACGCAGUGGUCAGUGAGUGUCUCAGGCUCUACCCUCCAAUUGCACGUCUCGAUCGAAAGGCCAAAGAAACAGUCAUGAUCAAAGGAAUCACAAUCCCAAAGGACAUGGGAGUGAUGGUUCCCGUCUACGCUCUGCACCGCGACCCUGAGCUGUGGCCGGAGCCAGAGGAGUUCAGGCCUGACAGAUUCAGUAAAGAGAACAAGCAGAACAUUCACCCUUAUGCUUACCUGCCAUUUGGCACCGGGCCUAGAAACUGUCUGGGGAUGCGAUUUGGUCUGGUGAUUGUGAAACUGGCCUUGGCCGAGGUGUUGCAGAACUACAGCUUCUCAGUCUGUGAGGAGACAGAGAUCCCUUUGCAGAUGAACCCUGAAAGCUUUGUUGGACCCUUACGACCGAUUAAACUGAAGAUGCUGGCGCGCUCCACCACCUGAGGAAAAGUGGACACAGGCAACUUGAAAGGAUGCAUGUAUCUGUCUGUAGUCUAAUGUGAAUCAGAGGGAGCAUAGUGACUGGAGUCCAGUAUAUAAAUGUGCUUCUUGUCUAAUAAUUAUCGCAAUCUAUGUUACAGCAAGCAUUCAAUAAUGUGAUUAAUAAAAUAUAUACAGUGCCUACUCAAA